AUGGCUCGUGGAACGAAGCGCAGUGCAUCGCAGGUGAAGCCGCUGGAAGAACCCUCUGGUGACGCUGAUGUCACAGUGACCAUUGAGCAUUGCGAGGACGAGAAUCACAAGAAUCUCAACAAUCACAAAAGCGGACAAGAACAGGGACUAUGUCGCCGCCGAGAUGGCAUAGUGCGCUGUACACGAUGCCAUGAUGCGCACAAACGGAAGCUUCUGGCUGUAGGGUCACGUGGACUAGAUUUGGCAGCGCACUUCCGACUGCGCCGUAGCAUCCCAUCUGUUGAGGUGAUCCCAAGCUCUCCAGAAGCAGAUGACGAAAGAGAGGUCUAUGAAUCCAAGGCCACUGCGCAGAUGCCGAUUGAAGUGAGCAACUGCUGGACCCCGAAGCCGGCGAAAAGCGCUCCCGCUGCUCCACUAGAUGACGGAGUUGAAAGCACUGACGUUCCUCCAUCGGAGAUCUCUGAUGCAGCGCCAAAAGUGCUGCACAUCGGGUGCGAUGUUUGUCCGCGGUGGUAUGUGGUGGACCAAGUGCUCUUCGACCACUGGCGUGAAGAGAAGUUCACCUGCUGCAUGAUCGGUGAGCGUUGUGGUCGGAAGGAGACGAGGACGACGCUUGUCUCGUGUGGUGGCGUGCCUGGCAUGGUAACUCGAAUGGGCCGGCCGCACAUCAUGCGCCAGAGCAGGCCACGGAUCUUGCCUCUUGGAUUUUGGGACAUAUGGCGCCCGGGAACGACGCUGUGCACUAUAGCGCCACAAGUUUUCGCAGCACCCAUUGCGACAGCGGGCCGGGAAAGACUCGUACAGGCGCAGAAUCUCCUCAACACUGCGUUCGAUGAAGAGGAGGCUCCAUCGAAAACCAUCGCCUUUCUGCUUGGCUUGCGUCGCAGACGUUCGCGAGGUGCCAAGGUGCAGGCGCCCAAAGUUUGGCUUCUAUGGCAGGAGUCCGAGUCCGAUCCCGGCCACAUGGUUGGGGCCGCAAUCCUCUCUUGGCAGCGCUACACCACGGUCGGCCCUCGAGAGCUACAGGGCGGCGUGGUGCUGGAGUACAUUGCGCGCUUGCCCGGCCACGGGGCGAAGGCCUACUACCUCAUCCAAGCAGCUGAGGAGGUUGCGCUGCUUCUGGGGCACACCGAAAUUUUUAGCGCCUGCGACCUGAAUCAAGAUGGCCGGGCUUUCGAUGGCAGAGCGUUGCCGGCUCUGGUUGCGCAUCAGAACUGGGGUUUCAAGGACACCGACCAGAAGGAAUGGCGAGACCGGCGUCUAGAGUUCUACGACCCAGACUGUAACGUGCAUUUCAUGGUGAAAAGAGUUGGCCAGUGA